UGGUAGAGGAUACACUGUGUCUAUCUGAAUGCUCCCUAACAUCUAAUAGAAAUCUGUCAUUGGUUUGAACACACCUUAUUAUGACUAAACUUGUAUUUACAGUAUUAACCUGCCAGUAAACUUUACCUAUCGCUUGCCCAAACAAGAUGACGACGUGUACAUCCUUUAUCAGUUCCAAACAUAACUUGUAUUUAAGUCCUCAUACUACAUCAUACUACCGGACACACCUUAGAAUUUAUGACUAAACUUGAAUUCACAGUAUUAACCUGACAGUGAACUUUAUAGGUAUCAGUGGAGCCUCGGGCUAACGACCCAUAAAUUAUGCAUUGCUUGCGCACACAAUGUGUACAUCCCUUAUCACUUGUAAACAUAACUUUAUUUAAGUCCUCAUCCUACCGUAUGGGCAACAGAUCCUGUUUUAAACCAGUUGCUGAAAAGCGAAGAUGUCUUCCGCGCUUUACCUCCUGGUUUGUUUUUGUUUCAUCUAUGUUGAUUCAAAACAGUUCAUAGUUCGUACUAGUAAUGGGAAAUUACGGGGAUUUACUGCAGAAACCAUUCUGGGUCGUGUGAUUCAGUUUCUUGGUGUUCCCUACGCCAAGCCACCAGUUGGCCCACUGCGUUGGCAACAACCCGAACCUCCCGACAUGUGGGAUGGCGUUAGAAGUGCAGAGGAUUUUGGACCAAGCUGUCCGCAAAAAUUCACCACGCAGCUUACUCAUAUUUAUCCCAAGGAAUUUGUACGCGCCCGAAUCCAAAAUCAGAAGAUUAACGAGGACUGCCUUUUCCUGAAUAUCUAUGUUCCCAAGGCGGUAGAAGUGAACAGAUACGAUCUUCUCCCAGUGUUUGUGUUCAAACAUGGCGGGAAAUAUGAAUGGGGAUCUGGAACCGAGUACAACGGUACCUUUCUAGCUCUACAAGGUAACAUUAUAGUCAUCUCAUUCAAUUAUCGUUUGAAUAUAUUUGGGUUCCUUUCAAAUGGUGAACCGGAACUUGGGGGAAAUUAUGGAAUGUUUGACACUGUUCGGGUGCUUGAAUGGGUUCAGACCAACAUCCGGGCCUUUGGUGGAGAUCCAUCACGGGUCACUCUAGGCGGAGAAUCGGCUGGCGGCGUAACGGUGGACAUCUUUCUUUCAGUGAGUCCAAUCAUGCGAAAUCGACGACUAUUUCAGCGGGCAAUUGCUUCAGCUGGACCCCAUGUGCUUCGGGGACACAAAUUUUUUAAAGGAUUGACAGUACAGAACACCAUGAAUAUCGCUUCCUUGUUGAACUGUUCAUUUCCAGCGGGACAGCAAAUGGUGUCCUGUCUUCGACAAAAAACAACCAGGGAGUUGAUGUCGGCGUUUUAUCAAUAUAAAGGCGAAAGCGUAUUUUCAGGCAAUGUCCUUGUGCCUUACGGUGACGGCAUUAUAAUAGAUAAAGAAGUAACAGAGUACCCGGGUCGGUAUGCAUACGGAAUAGAGUAUAUGUUGGGAACAUGUCGGCGUGAUAGCGGCCUCUGGUUUGGUGUAGCAGGAAAUGAAUCACAACCCUACAUAGAGAUUGCAAAGGGUUUUACGAAGGGCCUAGUUGAGUUUCUUUACCCCGGUGCUCCUGAUUACAUGACCGAUGUCGCAAUAUUCGAGUAUACAUCGCCCAAUAUAAAGUCAUCUCACGAGGCAUGGCUGGAACUGUGGCAAGAUUUAUUCUUCCUCGCCCCUGCAUGGGAGCAUGCUCUUCUGUGGCCAGAUAAUUCCAGUGUUUACUUUUAUGAGUUUGUUCACAAACCCUCAUUUUCGGUAUACCCUCACUACGUUAAUGGUGCCUCUCACAUGGAAGAACUGCAUUUUUUCUUUGGUGACGUUUUGGACUCGUCACUGUUCCCUACCAAGCCAACUGAGAAGGAAGUGGAACUGAGUAAACAAGUAAUGACAGCCAUAGGAAAUUUUGUGAGAACGGGGAACCCCAACGUCCUAUCCCGUUCAGUAACGUCCUGCAUGCCACACUGGCCGAGAAUUGAUGACGUCAGGGGGCAGUACUUGGAAUGGACUGUGGAAAUGACGUCCGCAAACGUAAAACGGGACCUGAAACCGAGGAAAAUGGAGUUUUGGAAUGCCCUUUUUCCAAAAUCCCUCUGAGAGUAAGCACGGAACGCACAGUGCAUAAAGCUUUGCCAAUAGUUCAUAAUCGCAAGAAGCGCUUUUGAACAAUUAGAUUGAAUUUAAUUAAGUCCACCGUACGACAAGGCAACCGAGGGGCUUCCAUGCAUUCUCUCAACCAGAGAGAUAUCUGUGAAUAUCCAUUAAAAAACCAAAUCUGUGGCCCUGGUAGAGAGGAACAUUGUGCUUGGUGUGCUUGGGUGAGAGUAAGACUUUUUCCAUUCAUGACAUCAUAUAUUGUGCUCAGACAACGCAGCACUUCAUGCUGCAUGAAAUUUCAGGAUGAUACAAUGAAAAAUCUGUAUUUAUAGAAAUUGCGACCUUAGGUCAAGUAACAUACCAUUGCCUAAUAAGAGAAUGAUUAUAUUUUGGUAAUGACGUAAUGAUGGAAAGUUAUGGAAAAAGGGAUAAUCAUAGACAUUGUGUAAGAGCUGAGGAAUUAUUACAUUACCAAAUAAGGUAAUGCAGGAGAAAGACUUUGUGAUACAUCAUCACAUUGGAAUGAUAUAUAACGAUAUAUUAUUAGCAGUAGACUAAAUUGCAUGCAAAUUAAUGUAGUGGAACUAAAUUCUGUCCUUUAUUAUCUCUUCACAAUAAAAUCUUUGAAGUGUUAAAAAAAAAAACGAAAUAUUUUCAAACAGUAUACAUGUGCUCUAUGUGAAUCACAAUGUCAAGGGUUAGAGGUCGUUAGCUUUGUGGAAGCUAAAUGUACAUGUUUUGAGCACGGGCCAUGCAAAUGUCGAAAAAUUUACAUUCCCAUUGGUGCUAUAAACACGUAGAAUUAUAAAACUACUCCAACUCAAUUUAGACAAAAUUUCCACUCCUCUUUACCAGGGCCGCAGAUUAAUACUAAUACACCUAUUUUGCUAAAUCAAACCUAAUACCCUUAUUUUCCUAUCUCAAACCUAAUACACCUAUUUUACU